AUGUUAAUCGAAGUCGCCAUUCCAGUGCACUUCCCUCACUUCAAUGAUCGCUUGAGAGAUGUUUUGGAUCGGAAAAUAAUUGAUCACUUAAAAAGAUCUUUGGAUCUCAAGAAGUUGGAGGAGAGCAAUGCAGGCAGUUUUUUGAGCUUCGAAGGAACCAUCGAAGCCUAUGAGAAGCUCAUCGAAGGCUUGACGGAGUUGAGUGCAGCGGUUUUCGAUAGAGAAAUUGAAGGAAACGAAGAUUUAGAAGGCAAUGAUAUACCUAUGGGCAGAAUCUUUGGAAACAGCGACGGUUUCCUUACACAUAAAGACCGACAUUUCCUACUGCCGAGCUACAUUCCUAAUGGUACGAUUCUCAACGAAAGAUUCGUGAUCGAAAGACAGCUCGGAGCCUGGUAUGGCGAACGCUGUUAUCAUGGGAGAGACUCGCAAAAUAACAAGCAAAUUGUUCUCAAAGCAUUUCUCCCGGCGGACCCUCGUAUCCAAGCGUACGUUGAUUUCUUCAAAGAAUGCUCCGGAAUGCAAGGAAUUCCAACAUUUCUCGCACACUUCUCAUCAUAUGAAAGUGAAUUCAUUGCUCAUGAGUACAAUGGCGUUUUGCUUCGAGGGAUUCUGAACGCUCGAAUGUUCCAUAUUUCGUUGGAAAAUACGAUUCGCCUCGGGUAUCGCUUAUUCAAGAUCUUGCACGCCAUCCAUCUGAAAGGCUAUGUCCACAAAAACAUUCAACCUUUGUCAAUCACGUGCGAUGUUGGUCCGGAUGGGGAACUCGUUGUGAACCUGACUUACUUUGGCCACGCCGCCCUUAUCGAUGAGCCACCAUCCAACAACAAAAUUAUCCUCGGACCCUAUCAAAGUCUCCAUGUUUCCCGCGGGGGAGCAUACAGCAGAAUCGACGAUUACAUAUCCGUCGUCCUCGUCAUGCUGUCAUGCCAAACGAUCAACCCCUUCGAUUUCAACAUAAAUAGGGAUUUGACACACGUUCAGAAAAAUGAUAAUUUCCAUGCAAAUCCCUAUGCAGUACUCACACCACAAACCAUGUGGCUCGGCGAUUUGUACUUGCAACUUGAAGAGAUGCGUGCUGACCGAUUGAGCCAUCUGCAAGUUAUGGCCGCCCUUCGUCGAGCCGUCCCUGGAUUUGAUCCCCAAACGGCAAUCACCUAUCCUAACGAUGUCGAAAGUGUUUACCACCUUAUCGACUAA